AUGUGGGGGUGUGGGGUGGGGGUGGGGGGGAUUGACCCCGGGGGUGGGGGGUUGAAGGGGGGGGUUGAGGGAGGAGGGAGGUUGAAUUGGGGUAGGUGGGAAUGGGGGGGGGGGGGUGUUGGGGGGUUUGAGUGGUUAUGGGUGGGGGUGGGGGGGUGGGGGAAUUUGAAAUGCGCUUGGGUUGUGCUCUGUGAGGGGGAGGGGGUGUGGGGGGGGCGGGAUAUUGGGGAGGGACCUGUGGAUGUGGGAGUGGGUGGUAUGAUGCCGGGGGGGGGGUACGUUGAGAUGCACUCCGCGCCCACCACGAUCCCCUGA